AUGAGUCCAUACCACUUUGACCUCUUUGGUGGAGCCGCAGGCUGGGAUGCACGAUGCUGGACGUCUUCUGAUGAUCGCGUCCGCGGGGGCAAAAGCCAGUCCUACCUCGAAUGUACUUCUGGGCAGCACACCCAGGUCUCGGCGGCCAUUUUUCGCGGCAACCUAGACAUCAAGACUCUAGGCGGCGCGGGCUUUGCGUCCCAGCGGACUACCGAUGACCAAGGGCCUUGGGACCUGUCGCGCGGCGACGGGAUCCUGCUCAAGUUGCUCGGCGGCGACGGCAAAAAGUACACGCUCACGCUCAAGGACCAGGAGCUGCCAAAGCGCCCGGAUGGCCGCGAGCAGAGCACCGUCAGCUGGGAGUAUGACUUUACCCAUGAAAAAGACCACAAGGCGUUUGUGCCCUGGUCCGCGUUCAAGCCCACGUACCGCGGCAAGCCCAAGUCAGACGCCGAGCCGCUGGAUCUGAAAUCGGUGAGGCGGGUCAGCAUAAUGAUGCGGAGCUUUUUUGGAGAACAGCAAGGUCCUUUCCGGCUAGAAAUCGAAUCCAUCAGUGUCGCCGAAGACCCUGCCUUGAGUAAGGAUGACGAUGCCCGUCAGUCUAUUGGGCAAUACUCGGAAAAGUCUGGCCAUGUGACACCAAAGAAGACAUGGAGAAAUUAUCUAUCUUGUGGUUUGCUCUAG